CAAAAUGAAGAGGGAAAGAAUCCAUAUAUAUUCACACUCACUAUACUAGGCAUCCCUUUUGUUCUGGCCCUUUAAAGCUCAACACAUAUAGACUAUGGAGCCACUUGGGAGGUUAAAAUACCAAAAUCAAGCUACUUUAUGUGAAAAGAAAGGGUGUGUAUAUUUUCUUCUUACCUCUACUGCAAUUCUCAACUUUCUGUGGAAAAAAAAGGGCACUUACAGAAUUGAGCUUAUUCUUUAAAUACCUUACAUCAACUACUCUCCGAGUGGAUGACAUGGAGAGAUUACAGGGAGAUAUUCCACAAAUCUUGCACAAGUAAGAGAAUAUAUAUCCUUCUAAGUUCUUUGACUCAAUGGAACAUUUGCCUGUGCACCUUUCAUAUGAAGCAAAGAUUGCUGGACCUAUAUAAUAUCGAUAGAUGUAUCCUUUUGAAAGCAAGAAAAAACACAAGGAUGAUUGGGCAGCUGUAUUGAAGGUCAAACCUCAAAAUAUUAUUGAAUUACCUGAUGAGGAAAUUAAGAUAGCUACAGAACUGAGUAUUCCAUUUAAAUUUAAAGAAGUUGAAGUCUAUAAGAUAGACAUGAAUGUUGCCACAGUUGAAAGUAUACACUUAUAUGAUCCAAAUGGUUACUAUAUUAAAGUGGAUGGACCCAUUAAUAAUGGUUUAUUUCAAGAGCAUCAUGAGAUCCAAGAGGAAGCUACAAAAGAAGAGUAUGCAACUGAGGAAACUGAGGACGAGGAAGAAAAAGAUUUUGAAGAAGACACAGAUAGUGAUUAGUGCUUGAUAAGAAAUAUGUUAUUGUAUCUAAAUUUUAUUUUGUGAGUAGUAAUUUUGUCAAACUAUUAUUA